CCUCGCCCGUUACCUCGGCGUUCGUGCUGCCUCCCGCCAAGGGCACCGCGCGCCGCCUCUUCGAGCCUCGCGUCGCCCCACGACGCUGGCGGGGCGGGGCCGUUCUGCCCCGCCGCCCGGGCACGGACCCCACCGGGCGUAGCGGGGGUAGAGGCCUGUGGCCCACCCCAGCCCCGGGCUUCGGCCCCGCCAGGACACGACGCUCUCCGCAAACCCGGAAUGCCGGGGCCCUGUUCCGGCGCCUCACGGCCCGGACGGAGGCGGAGCCAGGCGAGCGGAAGUGACGCCACGUGCAAAGCCCCGGCCUCGAGCCUUGUGGCAUGGCGGGGAGGGCCCCCCAGGAAGCGACGCGCUGGCGGCGCUGACGUUGCGCCGCGGUCUGUCGGGACCCGUAGGUAGCGAUGGCGGCCGCGCUGGCGGCUCCGGGCGGCGGCGGCUCCGGCUCCGGCUCCGCGGCGGCGGGCGCGGCUCGCGGACCGGCGCUGCGGGAGGGCGCCCGGGUGUCCGCGCUCUGCCUGGCCUGGUACGGGCUGAGCGCGGGCGGGAACGUGGUGAACAAGCUGCUGCUGGGUGGCUUCCCGCGGCCGGUCACCGUCUCGCUCUUCCACAUCCUGGGGCUCUGCGGCCUCCUGCCGCCGCUGCUGCGCGCCUGGCGCGUCCCUCCGGCCGGGCCCGCGCAGCUGCCGCCCCGCGCCUACCCCCGCUACAUCCUGCCGCUCGCCUUCGGCAAGUACUUCGCCUCCGUGUCGGCGCACGUCUCGCUCUGGCGGGUGCCGGUGUCCUACGCGCACACAGUAAAGGCAACAAUGCCAAUAUGGGUGGUUCUGCUGUCAAGAAUUAUAAUGAAAGAAAAACAGACUACAAAGGUGUAUUUAUCACUGAUCCCUAUAAUCAGUGGUGUACUGCUGGCUACAGUCACGGAACUCUCUUUUGAUAUGUGGGGACUCAUCAGUGCUCUUGCUGCUACACUCUGUUUCUCGCUUCAGAACAUCUUCUCCAAAAAGGUGUUGAGAGAUUCCAGAAUACAUCAUCUUCGGCUGCUAAACAUACUCGGAUGUCAUGCUGUGUUCUUCAUGAUCCCAACAUGGGUUUUGGUGGAUCUUUCUUCCUUUCUAGUAGAAAAUGACUUGAGUACAGUGUCCCACUGGUCCUGGACUUUAAUGCUGCUCAUAAUCAGUGGAUUUUGUAACUUUGCCCAGAAUGUGAUCGCCUUCAGUAUUCUUAACUUAAUCAGCCCAUUAAGUUACUCUGUUGCAAAUGCCACAAAAAGGAUCAUGGUCAUUACAGUUUCCCUUAUAAUGCUUCGAAAUCCAGUCACCAGCACCAACGUUCUUGGGAUGCUAACUGCAAUCUUAGGGGUAUUUUUGUAUAACAAGACAAAAUAUGAUGCAAAUCAGGAAGCAAAGAAGCAGCUACUUCCAGUUACAACUGGAGACCUUAUGAAUAUGGAACAUCACUGGAACACUCCUGAAAAGUCUCAGAAUGGACUCAUGGCAUUCGCACAACAUGGAGAUUAUCAGUAUGGCCGAGCCAAUGUCUUGACAGAUCACUUCCAGUAUAACAGGCAAAACUAUCCAACGACAUACAACUUAAACAGAUAUGAUAUAUAGGAUUCUGAUAAGCAGGUAUAGACUGUAACACAGUUUCCCCAGAAUUAUCAGAAACUUCUGGCAUGCCCUUGAAUGUAAAGCUGUAGAUUGUAUAGGUUCUUCAGAGGGGAAGAUGCAUGUGUAUCAAAAGUGGUAUAGACUUCUCAGCCAAGCAGGUCUCUAAACAUGAAGCAAUUGGAUCAGGCACUGGAAAGGAGUGUACAGUAUAAUUCUUGUACAGAGAUUCUGGUGAAAUGCAAGUGUAAAACUCCAGCGGAAAUAUUUGCUGUCAUAUGUUUUCAGAGCCUGUCAACUGACUGCUGUUUUGGCAGUAAAAAUGUAGCCAGUAUUUCCUUUCCAUGCUAACAACUUGACCUUUAACUUGUGUUUUUAAUUUUAUUUUUAAUGCUACAUAGCUCAUUACUUUCCAAAUGAAAUUGAUGAAACUUUUGGAGAAAGUGAAACUGUGUAUGCUCCUAAUUGGUGUUAGCAGGGCUUGUCAGUUGGAGGAGAGUUGAUUUGUGUGUCUAAAAGCAGAUGUGUAGAUUUGAAUUUCAGUUGCACAGGUUUAAAACUUCAUGUUGAUAUUAAGUACCUGUUGGAGAGAUUUCACAUUCUUUGAUUAAUGAAGUUGUGUAACUGUUUCAGUAGUUACUCUUCAUCUGACAACAGAAAACACCUUGCCAAAUAAAAAUUAGUAUUUGGAACAAGGCUGUUUUCCUGUGACUUCUCUGCACUUGUUUUUGUAAACCUAGCUUGUUGCCAUGCUCAGUUGGGAGACGCUUACGGAUUAUGUUUUUUCUUUCUCAGUCUUUUAAUUGGGAGAAUUAUACUCCAUCAUAUGACUUAUGUUUCAUGAAUGUGAAUUUGGAUGUAUCACAUCCCUUCUGAUUGUCUACAAAAUCUAUUUUUUGGCCCCCAAUUAUAUUUUAUAUGUUUCUCUUCCACAAUAGUUCUAGUAGCACUAAAUAUGUUCUGCCUAACUUGUAUGUUCAGAUGAGUUAUGGAAGUUAACGUUUAUACUCUUCUUUCCUCCUGUAGUGCCCCUGGCUUGAAUAAUGAAUUAUUAUGAGAAAUUGUUCUUGAGUCAAGAGUGAAUAUGUAAAAUUGUGAAGAAUGUGUAUUGAAUUUUCUGUUUUGCACUUUUUGCAUAAAUGAGGGUGCUUUGACAAAACAUGAAGUUUUGUUAAUGAGUUAUGUCAGAAAUUGUGUGUGAGAGAUAAAAGUGAAGCCAUAUGAGCUUUGGAGUAUAGAAAGCUAUUUCUGGCAAAGAAGAUGAUCUUCAGGCCUUGUCUCUUGGAGGAGGAGCCCAUCAUAUAGUGGACUGAGAUUCUGGCAGGAGAAGUGCUGGGCGCAUUCUUGCUGAUGGGUCAUUAAACAAACACCAGUGACUGACGUUAGUAGUGGUGGAUACUAUACAAAAUACUCCGUCCCCAUGUGUUCUUUUCAUGAAAGAUGAUUGCCUUUUAGAAUCAAGAUAAUUUUGUGGCUUUCUUCUGGAUUAAUUAUUUACAUAACUUUUUUUUUUCCUGUAAGUGCAAAGCUAAAUCUAUUUCCAGUCUGCUGGAUGCUUGUAGAAAUUCCCAGUGUAAUAGUUUUGUUGAUGUGUCUCAAAGGAGAUAAUGGUGCACCUGAAUCUCUGGAGGCUGGGCCAAAUUCAGUCAUGGUGUAUAAGCAGAACUCCACUGAUGUCAGUGGAGGUGAGUGUGUUCAUGCUAGUAGGAAAUUUGCACUUGGAUGUUUAGUCUGGAAAACUCAUGGUUCAGAAAUCAUUCUGGAGACCCUUCCCACACAACUGUUAAAUCAGAACUGCUUUCAUAGACUCCGGGCUUCAUUUCUUUACAACUGUUGUUUCAUAUUAACGUGCAAAAGGGAAAAAUACAGCCAGUGGAAAGACUGACAUCAUGUAUUUCUAAGGCACCCUUUUUAAUAUCUGAGUACCAUUGCAUAAAUGCAGAAGGAAGGAUGAUCUUGUGGUUUAAUACUCUGGACUGGGACUCUGGUUCAGUUCCUGGUUCUGCUGUAAACUUCCCAUGUGCACUUGGACAAAUCACUUAGCCUGAAAUUUUCAGAGUAGGUUAAGGGAGUUAGAUGCCAAAUUCAGUUACUUUCAAUGGGAGCUGAGUGGGUAACUCCUAUAAACCUGUCUGAAAAUCUCAGCCUUUGAUUUUUGUGCCUCAGUUCCCUAUCUGUAAAAUGGAGAUAAUUCUUCCAUACCUCAUAGGGGUGCUGUUCUGGGUUACUGCAGUGAUGGAGGCCAUAAAAAGGCAUAACAAUCCCUCUGAUCUAUGCUUUUCUAGUGUGCCUACCACCACAAUAUCUUGGUACCAUGCGAAUCAUCCCUUCAGGGAAGAGGAACACAGCCACCUUCUCCUUUUUUCCUAAGUAGAUGCUUGCUUAAUCAUAUUUAGGUGCCUUUUUUUCUAGUGAUUGCAACCUAGUCUGUUUCACAACUCCUUCCUCAGAAGGCUUGUAUUGCACCCUCCUAUACUAGCAGGACUUGGGCUCAGUCUCAGCUGUGAGGGUUGUAAUCACAAGUGAGGGCCCCUUCUGAGAAUGCCUUGUCCCUGUUUCUCAAGUUCUGAUCUGGACUGUGGCAGCCUCAGUGUCCCCCAUGAACACAACUGCUGUAAUGCGGAGCAGUGCAAUGCAAUAGGGGGUGAGAGCUAGGCCAUCGUCCACUUAGGGCUCUGAAGAUAACUUUGUAGGCUUUUCUCCUACAAAGGAGAAAAAGAGGCUACAUGACCUGUGGUCAUGCUUUGCUAGUUCAAGCUGUAUAGUCAGUGGGAAUUACUUUGUACAAUAGAAUCUUUAUGUGAAUCAUACUACAAUAAAUGAUUUCCUUGAAUACCUGAACCAAAGUUCCAAUGCAAUUACUGCCUACAUUCAGGUAAAGGAAGUUUCUGAUAUUGUUGGAACUUGUAAUCUUACUGAACAUUGCGAGAUUUUGUUUCGUGAGGUGAAACAUUUGUCUAGUUUUAACAUGGUUUGUAAAUUAAUGGCAUAUUUAACUGUACAUAAGUCUGUAGAAAAUAUGAAAACACAGGAAUAAAAAGGGUAUAUCUAGAUAAUCAUGUAUAAUGACCCUGCUAUUAAAUAAGUGAAGAAAAUACUUUACUCUUUUUUUGCUUUCAGUACAUUUUGAGGGAGUGCCAUAAAUCAGUAAGAAUAUUAGCCAAUUGGGGGACCAGAUUAAUUUUUUGCAAUAUUUUAUUGUGUGUAAUAUGUUGGUUUCAGAUAUUUACAUAGAAUAAAAGAAAGCUGGGGCUCUGUAAUUAGUGUCUAAGAUUCAGACAUCAGCUACUGCAGCUUUUUUAAAUUGUCAGAGUUCCACAGUCUAUCUGUAGUGUACAUUACAUUGACACAAAACUGAGGAAUCCUAUCCACCCAAAAGUACUGGGUAUUAGUAAAAAUAAGCAUGCGCAAAGAAACCAGGCACUUCUUUCAGCUACCCCUUCCGUGGGUUUUUGCAUUGAGAGAGUCCAUCAAAUAACUUGGUGCUGCUCGAAGAUCUUGUGAAAACCUUUCCCUUAUGGACCAAAUGAUGACUAGCGGUGUCCUUAUUUCAGUCAAUGAAACAUCCAGGUGUCUUAUGCAGUUACCUGAAAUAGCUAAACACUGAUGAAUUAUAUUCUGAGACAGUUCAAUAUAUUAGGAGUGCAAGGCUCUUGUGAAAAUGAAAAUGACUUUAGUAACUUCAUGUCAACACUAAGAGAGUUGCUGGUCAGAAAAGGUCCCAUCCUUCAGUAAUGUCCUAACCCACCUCUCUAUUGUCUUCAAUGUAGCAGUAGAAUUUUCUGCUAUAAAGCUGUUUGUAUUGCCCUUAGCCAUGUUAUAAACUGAGUUUAAAAAAAAAACAAAAAAAAAAAACCUAGGUUAACUUGGUGCUGCUAAGAGCAGUUUAAGGUAAAUGAUUAAUUGUGAUCUUAUUUACAUACAAAUAUUUAUAUGUAAAUAUUUAAGAGCAGAUGUAUGGGUGGCACAUAAAAACCUCCCCCAUUCUGUGUUUUUUAACAUGUUGAUACAUUUUGGAUGAAUUUACUGUGUGUUUAGUGUUUUUACCUCUCACAGGAUAAAAUCUGAUGCUUAUGGAAUCUGGCACUUAAAACUGUAGAGAAGAGUGUGAAUUGCUGUAAAAUGUUUGUGGUUCUUAUUUCUACUGCAUUACUCUGUACCACUCAGUAUGUAACUUAGUAUGACUGUUUUAUCUGCCCUUAGCUGCAGAUUCCCCUCUGCUACUCUGUAUAUAUCGUCAUUGGUGGUGUGCUGGUGGUCCAUAUCAGGUGAAAGACUAAGGAGAGGGAGAAAUUGCUCUGGUGGCUUUUGAGUGUUGGGGAAUCUGUGGGGAUUUAUCUGCUAUCUAAUUGGAUAGGUUAGAUGGACUUUUUAGGCCUGCCGUCGAGUUCCUUACUUGAAUACCCAGUGGUGGUGGUGGUUGUAGCCCUCUGGGCACCUUGUGAUUACCAAGAAGGUUGAGUAGUGUUGCUGCGGAUAUGGUAGACUGGACAGUGGUUGUAAGGACUUAGAGCACUAGAAUCUUGUAGAGUUUGGCAAGUGGAGGUGUGUGGUGGUGGUAGUCUUGAUUGAGAAGUUUCUUGCUAGGUGAAGCCACAACUAAAAUUCUUAAUAUGAUCCCGCAGUGUUCUGUGGAACGCCCAGGAAUGCAGAGUGAUGGAGAAAUGGUGACCAGACUCUUCCUAUUGUUUGGUAUAAAGUCAGUUUCAGUUGUGCACCAUCAUAUCCAGACAUGCUGCAAAAGCUCAUUUUCUUGUGAGCUUUUAGGGCGAUUGGGGUCUAACAGAUAGAGGGUGGGUGGGUCUUGUGAUAUAGUUGUGUUGGGGGAGUUCACCUUUUUUCUUUUGUGGGAGUGUCUAUGAACUGGUAUUUUGUGUAACUGGAAAUAUACUGCUGAAAUAUAUACACACACUGCUGAAACUGUGGGAGAUGUCUGCAACUGUAUGUCCCAGACAAAGAGGUAGAAAAAACCUCUUGGAUCAAGUCCUCAUUAGGUCUUCUAAAACUCUAACUGGUCAUUUGUUUUUAUAAGUUGAGUUUUUCUUUUCUAAUAGUUUAGGCCCCACAUUUAGAUUUUUAUGGUCUUGUUCUGUAGUUCCCAUAUAAACUAUAUCCCAAAAUGGUUUCGAGAAUUACUUAGUGAAGCAGAGGGAGUGAAGAGAGAAGUAAGAGUUGGUGACAAAGGAGAAAAGCUGCUCAACUGAAGUGUGAAGCAACACGGCAAGUCAGUGAUAGGUUUUUAAAGGGUUUUUCAAAACCCUUUAAAAACCUAUCAACUUGAAUAUAAAUGUUCGAUUUUUUUAAACUUCAGUUUUGGAAGAGAAGUUGGAAACUCAGGUACAAAAGGAUUGUGUUAACAUAUGAGAACCAUAAAAUGAAACAUCAGUCUAAUUUUAUUAUACAAGAUGAAAUGCAAAAAGUGAAGUGUAAAUGGUGAAAAGCUAUAUUUUAAAUUUUUUAAUUAAAAGUAACACAAGGCUUCUUAAUUAUGGCAUGAUAGUGUCCCUUUAAAGAAAUCUGCAUUUUCUUUCUCUGUAACAAUUAUGCUCAUACUUAAGUUUAAUUAGCUCUGUAGUAGGUUCCUGCAUGCCCAGGUUCUUGACAUCCUGCCAUUGGGUAAUAAAAUUCCUGUGUAGUGUUAAGUGCUGCUGGCGUGGACUGGUGUUAAGUCACAAAAGCUCUCUCUCCCUGCCCCCCUCCACCAUGUUCAAAUUAUAGCAUUUCUGUAAGAGUUGAGCCAAGGUCCAAAUGCUGUGGUUACACUAUCCUAAUAUGUACGCAAAUGAGGUGUUUAUUCCUUUGAGGAUGUUGAAAUGGGAAUAGUCCAAAAAGAUUUUCAAAGGUUUUGGGACAAGGAGGGGGAGAGGAAACAGACCUGCUCUUAUUGCACAGAUAAGUAUUAACAGCUUGUUCUUAGAGGAAUAGGAAGUUUUUCUGAUCUGUGGAGCUGGCCUCAACUUGGAAAGACAAGUUCAGGACACUCUCUAAAUGGUUAAACUUAGUAUCUAAAAUCUGAAUCCUGUGGUAGAGUUCUUAAAUAUGUUCCAGUUACUUCAUAAAUGUGAACUUUUUAGUUGUGCAUCCAACAAAAUUGGUUCAUUUAUGUUAAUAUGGAAAGGUGUAUUCCGCUCAUGUUCUCUGAACGCUUCUCUUUUUGGAAUGCAAACAGAAUAUUUCCAGGGAAGGAAUAUUUAAUUGUGAUAUGUAUCUCUCUUCCAAAUCUCAAGUGAAUUUAUUUCAAGUUUUAUUUUUUAUGUACAGUAAUUAUGAAUUUUUAGCUUAUGAACUUUAAAGUGGAAAAAAGUGUUGUAAUUAUACUUUUUAAAUAUUGAAAAUGUAAAUAAAGAUGAAUUCUGCAAAAUCA